GUCAACAAAAUGGGGAAAGGCUGCAUCACAGCAACAAAGUAUUUCCUGUUCCUCUUCAACCUCCUCUUCUUUAUAUUUGGAGCCCUUAUUAUGGGGUUUGGACUCUGGAUUCUCCUAGACAAUCAGAGCUUCAUGACUGUCUUGCAAGACUCCUCAAUGGCUCUGAAAGUGGGCUCCUACAUUCUCAUUGGGGUGGGCUCCCUCUCCAUGCUCAUGGGUUUCCUUGGCUGUCUAGGGGCCAUUUAUGAAAUCCGGUGCCUGCUUGGACUGUACUUCACCUGCCUGCUGCUCAUCCUCGUUGCUCAGGUAGUGGCUGCUGUCCUAAUCUACUUCCAACGUGAUUUGCUGAAGACAGAGGCAUCCAACAUUGUGACCAAACUCUUGGUGAACUACCCUGGGGAGAACAAGACCACAGAACAGGCCUGGGAUUACAUCCAGAGAACAAUGCAGUGCUGUGGCUGGAAUGGCCGUUUGGAUUGGCAUGAAAACCCUGUGGUAGUGAACAGCUCGCAGAUGCUCUACCCCUGUUCCUGCAGGAAUGUGUCCAUCCCUGUGGAAAACGCCACAGAUAGUGGCUUCUGUGAGGCUCAGUCUCCAGAUUGGCCUAUCUACAACACAGGCUGCAUGUCUAGUGUGGAGAGCUGGCUCUUCACCAAUUAUGGAGUUAUUUUGGGAAUUUGCCUUGCAGUGGCUGUCGUUGAGCUUCUUGGUAUGAUCCUCUCCAUGGGCCUGUGUAAGAGUGUUCACCAAGAGGACUACACCAAAGUGCCAAAAUAUUGA